CGCAAAUGCAAUUUAGUGUCAUGCGGCUAGUGUGAUGCUGUGUGAUAGGAUGUUUCAAACCAUCCAACUAUUUUUCAACUUUUAUCCAUACAAUUAAAACUUUUCGAAAGUAUAACAUAUUUUGCUGCAUUUCACGUUGUUUGCUGUUUGAUUAAGCACUGGAUAAUUGUUUAUUUGUUUGUGAGAAUCUUCUAACAUUUUCGAUAAUUACAUGGAGUCAGCUGAUCUUUCUUCUAUUGCUGAAGAAAAAUUAUUCAAAUUUUUCAAUCAAGGAGCGGGUAGCUCAAAACACAAACAUAUUUACGGGCCUUCUAAAAAUCAGAAUGCCCAAACAACCUUCACAGAUUCGACACUGAAUUGUGACUUGGGUGAUCUGAAAGCCAUGUCUGUUGCUAGUCUUUAUGAGGGAGAUGGUGAUGGAGCCAUAGAAAUGAACACAGUCCGAUCAGAUGAUACCAAAUCUAUUGCGUCAAUUGCGAAUCUUAGCAAUGAAAAUAACAAUACUCAGGCAGCUACAAUGACGGAAUUGCUUAUCGAAGAACCAAUCCAGCCUAACGCGGUAAAAGGCGAAGAGUGUCCCUGUAACCCUUAUGGGGAAACUCCCUCCGUCAAUAACUCACUGUAUUUUGCCGAUGGUGUCAAAUCAGUAGAUUUUGUGCUGGUGUGGAAAACUUCUUUAGAGGAAGAAAUUCACUUGGAGGAAAUUCGAGAAAAGAAACGUUUCAUCUUUGAACAGAAUCUCAUUCGAGAUGGCCUGGAAUUGGAGCGAGAAUUGAUAGAAAAUGAAAUUCAUUUUAUCAAGAUUCAUGCUCCUUUGGAAGUUUUACGGCGAUAUAGUGAAAUAUUGAAACUUCGGAUGCCCAUGAAAGAGUCACUUUGCACAGUGAAAAACUCGGAUAGAUUAAGCCGGUUGGCCAGUGCUGCACAAUUUAUCACUCAUAAGAUUCCAGGCAUGGCUGGUGUCAGGUCUCGUACUACAUCAAUACUUUCCCGUUUAAAAGGAUUUGCAGGAAAAAUAGUGCAUUACUUCUUGGUAGAAGAGAAAUAUUUUCCACCGCGUUCACAUCGAUUCACGGCCGUCUACAGCCGUGAUAAAGAAUACCUCUUCGACUUGAAACAAGCCUGUUUUUUCACGGCGGCAGUUCGAUCACGUAUAGUCCAGUUCAUAUUAGAUCGGAAACGAUUUUCAGAAGACUCCCGGAAUGAUUACGCAUUCGGGAUAGAGCGAUUGAUAACAGAAGAAGUAUACAUUGCUGCAUAUCCGUUACAUGACGGUGAAAUCAAUGUUCCAGGUAGUAUGCGACAUCUUUUGUAUACGAAGUGGGCAGCUGUUUCGAAGUGGUAUAGGUACCAGCCUUUGGACUACAUUAAAGAAUAUUUUGGCGUUAAAAUCGGGCUCUACUUUGCAUGGCUUGGUUACUACACCUAUAUGUUGUUGCUGGCAUCGAUUGUUGGAAUUUUGUGUUUCAUAUACUCAUGGAAAACGUUAAGAUACAACACUCCAAGUGAAGAAAUUUGUUCCAAAGAAAAUAACAUAAUGAUGUGUCCUCUCUGUGAUCAUUGGUGCGAUUAUUGGGAAUUGAGUGAAACAUGUUUGCAUGCGCGCGCUACUUAUUUAUUUGACAAUCCCACAACGGUUCUGUUUGCCAUUUUUAUGUCCUUUUGGGCGACCUUAUUUCUCGAACUAUGGAAACGGUAUUCUGCGGAAAUCACACACCGUUGGGAUUUGACUGGUUUUGAUGUACAUGAGGAACAUCCGCGUCCUCAAUACCUGGCUCGAUUGGCACAUGUCCGUAGGAAGAAAAUCAAUGCUGUUACCAAUACCGAAGAACCUCAAGUUCCUUACUGGCGGAUGAAGCUGCCUGCUACUAUACUUAGUUUCUCCGUCGUUUUGUUGCUAGUCUGCCUAGCUAUAGUUGCCGUUCUUGCUGUAGUAUUGUACAGAAUGUCGGUCCUUGCCACUCUAAGUGUUUACGGAGACGAAGUGACUACCUCAGUCGCCAUUCUUUUUACAACUGCCACGGCUGCGACGAUAAACUUGUGCUUAAUUGUAGUCUUCAAUUGGAUGUACACUUAUCUAGCCGAAUGGCUUACAGAGCGAGAGCUACUCAGAACACAGACCGAGUUCGACGACUCACUAACAUUAAAGAUAUAUUUGCUACAAUUCGUAAACUAUUAUGCUUCAAUUUUUUAUAUCGCAUUUUUUAAAGGAAAGUUUAUUGGAUAUCCCGGAAAUUACAAUAGAUUUUUCAAUUUUAGACAAGAAGAAUGCGGCUUUGGCGGUUGUCUUAUGGAGCUGUGUAUUCAACUUGGGAUCAUUAUGAUUGGUAAACAAGCAGUGAAUACUGUUCUAGAAAUGGCAAUCCCAAUAUUCUACAAGUGGCUCAAUUCAUUGAAAGUACGCAUUGGGAAACAGCGCAAUCAGUCUUUGAAAAGUAAGGGCCAGCGCUUCGUUAAAGACCUAAAGCUAGUCGAGUGGGGAUCCCGAGGUCUGUUUCCUGAAUAUUUAGAAAUGGUGUUACAAUAUGGAUUUGUUACUAUAUUUGUUGCGGCUUUUCCCCUGGCUCCUUUCUUUGCAUUGAUGAACAACAUAUUAGAAAUGAGACUCGAUGCCAAAAAACUGCUCACCUUUUACCGAAGGCCAGUAUCGCAAAGAGUGCGCGACAUAGGUAUAUGGUAUAGAAUUUUGGAUAGCAUUGGAAAACUGAGCGUUAUUACUAAUGGUUUCAUUAUAGCAUUUACAUCGGAUUUCAUUCCGAAAUUAAUUUAUCGCUUAAAUAUUUCUUCCGAUGGUUCACUAAAUGGAUAUCUCAACUAUACGCUUGCGUAUUUCAAUACCAGUGAUUUUCAAAAGGGAAGUGAACCUUUCCAGUCGCAAUAUAAUGUAACCGUAUGCCGAUACCCAGAUUUUCGUGAACCACCAGGGUCGAGCAAUCCAUAUGAGAAAACAACGAUGUACUGGCUGAUUAUGGCGGCAAGACUUGCGUUUGUCGUAAUAUUUGAAAAUAUUGUUGCAAUUGUGAUGAUACUCGUCCGUUGGUGUAUUCCGGAUAUGUCACAAGACUUACGAGAUCAAAUUCGCCGCGAAGCUUACAUUACGAACGAAAUUAUCAUCAAACAAGAAACCCUUCGGGCCAGAAUGGAUCGUGAAAGUGAAUUCGCUCAAGAUGUUCCUAAGCCCAGAUCUCGGAUUGCCAAAGAUAAAACGCACAACUCAUUUGUUAAGUUGGAACGUCUUAUUUCUUCCAACCUAUCCGGAUCGCAACUAGACCUUUUUAUACAUAAUGAACGUGAAACGCAAGUAGAAGGAAAGACGAGCAAUGUUUGAAAAACGUUGCUAACAGUUAAUUAUUUUUAUAUGUGGUGUGUCUUGCCGUAAAUUGUAAUAAAAAACGAAACUGUUGUUUCAGCCUCAA